AAACUAUUUAACUAUCAUAUCAUCAGUCAUCGCCCAAUCCUCGGCGGCGAUUCGAUUAAAGAAACAUUCCGAUGGAUUUGCUCAGGCAAGAGAUUCUGAAGAAGAGGCAGUCUCUCUCCGAGGAAGCUGGUGGCAAGAAGUUCUACAAACGAUCCGAUAUCGAGCAGAAGAAACUCCAGAAGCUUCGCGAGGAAGAGCGACGCGAGCACGAGCUCAAGGCCCAGCGACGAUCCGCCGCCGCCGUAUCUAUCAGCGGUGGUAAACAAUCCGGCGAUUCAUCUGCUCCUGGCUCUUCCACGGCGUCGGAGACAGCUGCGAUCGCUGAUUCCAAAUCCCUAACCGACGAGAAGAACAUCGAAACCCUAGAUCUUCCGAGGCAUGAAGUGAUUCGCAGAUUGAGAAUCCUCAAGCAGCCGAUGACUCUCUUCGGGGAAGACGAUCAAGCUCGUCUCGAUCGGCUCAAGUACGUGUUGAAGGAAGGCUUGUUCGACGUCGACAGCGAUGUCACCGAUGGACAGACGAAUGAUUUCUUGCGGGACAUCUCCGAGCUGAAGAAGCGGCAGAAGAGUGGGAUCAUGAUGGGAGAUAGGAAGAGGAAGAAGAGUAGUAGAGAUGAGGAAGGUGAUAGAGGGGAAGCGAGGGAUGAUGAUGAGAUUAGUGGCGAGUCUAGUGAUGUUGAUGCUGAUAAGGAUUUGAAGCGUUUGAAGUCUAACUUCGAGGAGCUUUGUGAUGAGGAUAAGAUUCUUGUGUUCUAUAAGAAGCUGUUGAUUGAGUGGAAGCAGGAGCUUGAUGCUGUGGAGAACACUGAGAGGAGAACUGCUAAAGGGAAGAAGAAUGUAGCCACUUUUAAGCAGUGUGCUAGGUAUCUUACUCCUCUCUUCAACUUAUGCAGGAAGAAGGGUUUGCCAUCUGAUAUUCGACAAGCUUUGAUGGUGAUGGUUAACCAUUGCAUAAAGCGAGACUACCUCGCUGCAAUGGAUCACUACAUCAAACUAGCCAUAGGAAACGCACCGUGGCCUAUCGGGGUGACUAUGGUUGGUAUCCACGAACGUUCC